AUGUCUACAGAUCUGCAGUUACGCCAAGAUCUCCCUGCAAUCAAGCUUCCGGCAUCGUUGAAAAUCAAGCUUCCGGCAUCUCCACCGCUGAUGGAUUCAACAUCCGAGGAAUCAUGCGCGAUUCAAUUAGAGGAUCAAGAGGUGGAGGAGUGUCGAACGCCGACGACGAUACAGCAUAGAAUUCCUCAACUCAACACCUGUCCUCCGCCGCCUAAAAAACAGAGGCCGUCUGCUCCGUCGUGUAGGAGAAGAUUAUCGGAGUUUGAUUUCUUCGAGAGCGUUGCGAGAGACGAGAUUGAAUCGUUUUUUAGGUCAAGCUACGAAAUCAUCAAUCAAAAAUCGAGCACGAAGAAGAGAAGGUGUAGUCGUCUGUAA